CGUCGCAACCAAUCUGUUUUGAAUGUCAAAAAAUGACUGCUAAGAAAAAAAGUAUUUAAAAUGGAAGAUGAAAAACCGAAACAAGAAAGAAUCGCAUGUCCUGACAAUAUUAAUGCAGCAACUGAGCUACAAUCCCCGGGUGAAGAAAGUUACACACUUGACGAUGCUAUAGAACACUUUGGAUUCGGUUCUUUUCAAAUCAAAGUUAUCCUGAUAGCUGGCUUAUCAUGGAUGGCAGAUGCAAUGGAGAUGAUGGUACUAUCCAUCUUAUCUCCUGUUUUGAUGUGCGAAUGGAAUUUGACAACUUUCAAAGAGGCUUUAAUUACAACAAUGGUCUUUUUGGGUCAAGGUAUUGGUUCUUAUUCAUGGGGAUUUGCCAGUGACAAGUUUGGGCGAAAAAAGGCUCUAUAUUUGAGUGUAUCAUUGGUUUUAUUUUUUGGCAUUCUCAGUUCACAAGCACCUUCAUAUGUUUGGAUUCUUCUACUUCGACUGCUCGUUGGAUUUGGGAUUGGCGGUGUACCCCAAGCUGUUACCAUAGUAACUGAGUUACUACCUUCAUCAUCAAGGGGACGGUCUAUUGUCUUCCUAGAGUUCUUUUGGGCCAUUGGGUCAGUUUUCGCUGCUGCUAUAGCCAUUAGUGCUAUGUCGAGUUUGAACUGGAGAUGGUAUCUCAUCCUCAUCACUCUACCAAUGCUGUUGUUUAUGGUGACUGGGAUUUGGCUUCCUGAAUCACCUCGAUUCUUGAUGACUACUGGCAAAAAUAGAAAGGUUUUGGACCUGCUGGAGAGAAUUUCGAAGAGUAAUAAAGUGCCCAUGCCAAAAGGCGUAUUGGUGACCGGCGAAAUUAAUACUAAGCGUGGAAGGAUUUUCGAUUUGUUUACAAAAGAAUGGAGAAAGACAACUGCGUUACUUUGGAUCAUUUGGUUUACUUCGGCGUUUGCGUAUUAUGGUAUUGUGUUACUGACUACUGAAAUAUUUCAAACCGGUUUAAACGGAUGUCAUCCCAAUAAAAAUGACACAAAUACAAUAACAACGUGCAAAGAAUUAUCAAAUAAAGAUUACGUCGAUUUUAUGUUGACCAGUAUCGCAGAGUUUCCAGGUUUAUUGCUCGCCAUCAUUUUAAUCGAAUGGAUCGGCAGGAAGAAAACGCUUGCUGUGUUGUUUGGAUUAGCUUCCAUCUCUUUCAUGUUACUAGCUAUAUGCACGGGACGAACAAUGUCGGUGAUUUUCAUAUUUGCUGUUCGCGGCUUUGUUACUGGUAGUUUUCAAGCUGCAUAUGUAUAUACACCUGAAGUGUUACCAACGAACGUACGUGCUGUUGGUUUGGGUGCUUGUAGUAUGUUUGCCAGGGUGGGUGCAAUGGCAACCCCCUUUGUUGCACAGGUUUUAAUUCAUCACUCGUUUUAUUUGGUGGUGGGUGUUUACGCCGCACUUCUGGUUGCUUGUGUCAUCGCUUCUCUCUUGCUGCCAAUUGAAACGAAAGGCAAAACUCUCUCGGAUUCGACACAUUCAAGUAAUGGCUUGGAGAUGCGUACUCGCGAUGGCUAUCAAAGUUUCAAAUAAGAAAAAAAAUGUAAACUCAAAUUUUAUAGUUUAAGAGCUACUGACAAAAUUACAUUUCAUUCACCUCAACUUGAUACAUUGGCUGAUGAUGUAAAUUACUGUGUACAUGAAAUCUGUGAAAUCCCCCAACACAUCACGUUUGUUAAGGAAAUCUAGUCUUUGUACUUAAAGUCAAUAUAUUAUUCAGCCUUGAUUGACAUAAAAUGUUAGCUUUUGGGACUGUUUGUAUUUUUAAGUAGUGUUUUGAAUUGUAUAUGCUAACCAUUUUCUAACGAAUCAGUCAAUAUAUUUAUGUAUUUAUUUCAA